UAUGGAUUGCUUAUAUUGGGACAUUGGAGUGUCUCUAGCUCCACCUUCCUAUUUUGGGCUUGCACUGAUCAUGCUUCAACAUGUGACCUCUGUAUUUUUUACUUUGGAAUACCCUUAUGCAUGUUCCUACAAAUUUUUUUACAAAUUUUUUUCUCUAUUCAUACAUUUUGGGGUGAAUCAUGGAACACAUCAUAUGCUCUGGUUUUUGCUGAAAGGCAACUAUAGCUGUUCCUCUUCCUGCUAUGGCUCCACAAGACCAAUGUCAAGUCUGGCUCAUCUCAAGGUCAUGAGUCAUGACAGUGCUUGGCUUGUUGCUGGUUUUCCUUGAAUGCUGUUAUUGUGCAUUGCCUUAUGUGUUUUGGAUGCCAGGUUGCCUGGUUAAUAUUGCAGUCAUUGUAGAUGAAACCAUAUUUAGAAAAUGUGAUCUCUGAUUGAAACAGAGCUUGUGUUUUACAAGAUACGGUUUUGUUCAAAACAAUCCACAAGCUAAUUUGAAUUUUUGAGUUUUUAUAGUAGCUCUGAUUUUAUAUUAUUUAAAUUAUUUAUUGGUUCUAUUUUAUUAAGAUUAUUAAUUUAAUAAUAAAAUAAAAUUAUUAAUUUAAAAAAAUACUAAUUCAAAAAUGUUAAGGCUGAUGUGGGUUGAAGGACAAAGUAACCUAUUGAAAACAUACAUGCACAUUAUUUAUUUAUUAUUUUCUUAUAUUUAAAAAAUAUUAAAAUGAUAAAGAAAUCUUAUUUUUCUUAAUUUUCCAUUAUAUUAGAGUUAUUACUCUGCCUUUUUUUUUUUUUUUUUUUUUUUUGGUAAUAAAACUUUUUAUUUAUAAAAAAAAGCAAUUAUAAAAUUGUAGUUGGAAAGAAAAUUCAGGAAAAUGUGAUUAAAAUAAAUUUAAAAAUAAAAAGUAUAGAGAAGAGUUGGGGAGGUGAGAUUCCUGUCAUGGAGUUGCAAUGAAAUAGGAAAAAAUAUCUACCCAUGAAAGGGAUAAUGAAUCAUAGAGAAUAAAUUUUAAUCACCAAAAUCAAUAUUUUGGUUUUAAUUUUUCACUUCCUAUUUGAUUUCUAAUUAUAAUAUCAAUUAUUUUAUUUUUAUUACAGGUAUAAAAAAAAAGAUGAAAUAUUUAAUAAGAAAUUUUGGAUUAUAGAGUAUAAAUAAAUUUUUGACUUGAAAUAAUUCAUGUAAUAAUAAUAAUAAGAAUAAUAAUAAUAAUAAUAUAUAUAUUUUUUCCCUCAAUUGACAAAUAUUCAAAUAUGCAGAGUAAAUAAAUUUGGAAGCAACAACAAACACGCAACAUUGAAAAUGCGAAACGCCCACUGAGACGUUCCAUAGCCAUGUCUCGAGCAAUCCAUCUCGCCGCAGGUUAUGGACCAUCGGAUGGCAGAUGUCUCCCUUGCUCAGGGGUUUCUAGAAGAGCUGUUGCUUUAUCCCCUUGCACUUCUCGGUGUGACUACAAAACCCUUUCACAGGUUAAGAUUGUACCACUAAAAUGCAUAUCCAGGGGAGCAUCUUUUAUGUGCAAUGCAAGUUCUAGUGGCAAUAGGAGAAACCCAGACUUCUCAAGGCAAAGCAGACAUGGAUUCUCCCGAGGCAGGAACAGGCAUAAUGAAGAGAAUAACAACUCUGAAAACCUUGAAGAAUCUGAAUUCUUAUCAUCAAAAAAUGGGCCAUUACUUUCUCUUUCAGGUAGCCCAAAGUUCCAAGCAACAGCAACCCCAGGACCAAGAGAAAAGGAGAUUGUGGAACUAUUCAGGAAGGUGCAAGCUCAGCUUCGGGAUAGAGCAGCAAUGAAAGAAGAAAGGAAGAGUGAAGCAUCACAAAGACAAGCUAAAGAGAGUGAAAAUGUGGAUUCCCUUCUUAAACUCUUGAGAAAGCACUCAGUUGAACAAGGUAAGAGAAGAAGUAGUAGCAGAGACUUCAAUUUGAGCCAGCCUGAUCAGAAUGGCCCAUUUGAUGAAGAGAAAAGCACAAGUUUCUUUGAUCUAAGUAGCAGUAUGAGGGAUGAGGCCCGAGAACCUAAUGCCUCUUUUACCAGGCCAGCAUCAAAUUUCCAGCGUAAAUCUCCAGUUCCACGAGUAAAAUACUAUCCUGGGAGGGACACAGUAAAUUCUGUCUCCUAUCCAAAUAUGGGUGGGAAGAAAAAGAAGAGCCUAGUUGAGACUUAUUCUCAGCCAGAACCUGAGCCAGAGCCAGAGCCAGAGCCUGAACCUGAACCUGAACCAGAGCUUGAGCCUGAGACCACAUUCCCAGAUGGGGAUGUCUUUGAUGAGUUGUCAGAUGCUGAGUCUUCAGAUACUGAGGUUUACGAUGAUGAAGAUGCAGAAGAACAGGAAUCUGCUCAACAUAGGGAUUUGAGUGCAUUAAAACUACCAGAAUUGAGGGCCCUUGCAAAGUCCCGAGGCAUGAAAGGGUUCUCAAAGCUGAAGAAAGGCGAGCUCAUGGAGCUGUUAAUUGGGCGCUCAAUCUGAUCCAUGAAGCAUGAAAGAUGAAAAACACAGAGCCACUUUUGUGUGUUGAGAUAGUUUUGGGAUGUGCCUUUUUGUUUUUAGUAUAUCAACCAUUUCUAUUCCCGGUCUGUAAGAUUCAAUCCCUUGCAUGUUAUUCAAGGACUUGGAUCGUUUUGGAUUUUCAGAGAUAGUAGUGAAUCAAACUAGCCUUUUAACUUCUUAGCUCCUUUAUGAAUGCAUGGGAUUCCUUGAUGAGGUUUUGACAUA